AUCAACAACAUUAUUUUGUUCAUGUGUGCUGAUUGAAUACUUUUUGUUAUUGUGAACUGUUUUGUCUUGCUAGCUUGAUAAUGUUGGCCAUAUCUAGCUACUAGGUUUGCUAGAUGGAGUUAUUUUUCUGACAACGUUAGCUAUUGUUCCAUGUUUCAUUAAUUUGUGUUAAUGAUCAAAAGUGUUCUGUUUCAAAUAAUACUUCUGCAUGUGACCCAACAGCCAUCUUUAUUUUAAUUUUAUUAUUCAGUCUUUUCUGUGCACCUAGCAUUCCACCUCAUGAUGAGCCAUCUACAUGGCAGAGCCUUAACAGAGAAGCAGAAUGUCCUGCAUGUUUUUAGCAAGCACUUCAAGUCUACAGAUAAAACCUGUAGCCCAACCAACAGAUCCACUCCACACUGCUGCUCUUCAAGCCAUACCAAGAACACAGAAGCACAAAACAGCCAGACGAACAAGACUAAACGACUGAAAACACGCAAGCAGAGGAGCCAGGUAAGCAGAGGAGGAUCUAAUAGCAGAUCCCACCAGCACCAAAGCAGCAAAGAGAAGGACCACUGUCAUGGUUGCUGCCAAAGCAGCUCUCGCCCUCCUCCACGGAGAGAUGCCCCAUUAGCCCGCGUCUUCCCCGCUGGGCAAGAGCCCAGCAUCAUCACAAACAACCGUCUCAUCGGCCACCAUGGCCUGUUCAACCAUGAGGUGAAGUCCAUCGACAUUGAGCGCCUGCUGAGUGAGCAGAGGAAGUUGGAGAAGCUUGGGCAGCGCGGGGGGCGAGGCAAAUCUACUGCUACUCGUCCUCCCCUUCCACCCUCAUCUUCCCUUCCUUUCUCCUCUCCUGGGCCUGAUUCAGAUGUGGGUGAAGUUGCUGUUCCUGACCAUGUUGAGGAGGAUCCAGAUAAAGGGAGAGUAGAAAGAGUAGUAGCAAAGAGUAGUACUAAGGCCAACAAGCGUGAUGAGUAUAGGUCUAAUUCAGAAAGCAGACUUUUUAAGUGUUCUCAUGGGGAUACACAAGAGGAUUUCAGAAGAAAAUUCACAUCUAUUCAGGUUUGUCUGGAGAAGAAUGUAGCCAGUCACUCUAAAAGCCAGGAGUCUGGUAUCACACCAGGACAGACACAUCACAGCGGUCUGACAUCAUCAGAGGGCGGCAUAGUUACCCUAUCAUCCACAGAGAGUCCCUCACGUGUGGUACGAAACAAGAGCAAGGGGCCCAGGCCUGUAGUCUGUGAAACACUGUUGUCACCCAGUGGAAAGAAUGAAAAUGAGAGACCACCUGACGCAAGGGCUGAGGUUAAGCCUGUUGUCCUUACCAUGGAGCAGACCCCCAAAAACCAUAUUCUCCCACACACACAGCCAUUCAGGCCUAGUCCAAACAUCACAGUGUCUUCCUUCCCAGCAAGAGGUGGAAGCAGUGAGAGCUCAGACAAUCAGAUGCAGCAAACUGUCACCAACCCUGUCAGUGUGGUAGCUGCGCGUCUGUGCAGGUCUCUGCAGCUGCCACUGCUCCGCAGGAGAAACCUGGUUGCGGAAAGUAGGGAGGUGCUGCUGCAGGCCCUACGGGAGAGGCACGGGCUCCAGCUGCAGGAGAACCUACUCAACGUGCAGCGACGUCUCAGCUUCGGUACAGGACCCACCACAACCAGGGCCGGCCUGGGGCAGAGCACAAUCCUGGCCGGCAUAGAUGCAUAUGGAGGCUGGCCUGCAGCUCCAUUGGAUAGUGGUUUUGGAGACAGCAUGGUGGAACAUCCGUGCCUGGACUCCCAGAGGUCAGCCCCCAACAAGAGGAGGAGGAGGAAGCAGCUAUGCCCCAACAGAAUGACCCCUCCUCAGCCCCUCAUUGGGUCGCAGAACAGCCUGGACACGGCUGCUGCAUGGAACCCCAACCCCAGUGUGGAGCAGGUUGGGGAACUGAUCGGAGAACUACUUAGGCCCGCUUCCUCCUCGCACUUCCUCAUGGACCUCCAGCCCUCUGGUUCCCCCUCUCGCCACCACGUCUUUGACCCCCCUGCUGCCUCACCUUGGGCAGCUCAAUCCGGUCUGCCUCAGCCCUGGGAUGACGUAUUCGACAGGGGAAGCAUGAGAGAGUCAACCAGGGUGGAUCACUUUGAGAACUGGAGGUAUGACCCAGAUUUGAGUUUUCUAAACCAGACAGAAACAGUGAGAGAGAGGAGCAGUGGGCCUUUCUAUCAUGAGAGGAGUAUGCAGUGUUUCCUGCAGUAUCCCACAGGGCCACCAGAGGGACACAGAGACAGACACUUGCCACAGCAGCAAGAUCCAUACGACAUUGAAAGAAGCCAUUUUGGUGGUUCUUCCUCAUCCUUUUCUGCUCCUACCCACUAUCCACUAGAAAGUCAUCAGCUCCACCCUUUCUAUCGCUUCAACCGCCGCCCCCCAACCAGCCCUGUAAUCUCCAGGUCCCACCUUCCUGACAUGGCCUACUAUCCCCCCUCCCACAUGCUGGAGAGUGGCCUGUCCCCUCCUCUGCCCCCUGUGUCCCUACCUGCUUUCCCCAGCCCUGAAUGCUGGUCUUUCCCCCGGAUGAGACUGUACUGAUCCUCUGUGUAGUAGACAUGCACAAUGCUAUGUUGUUGAGUAUUUUCCAAAUGCAUACCAUCAGGUCUAAUUGUUUACAAUUACAACUGACUUGAUUUAUUUAUUGUUAUUGAAUACCAUCAUAUGAUGGGCAAAACGACAAAGUGCCAUCCAGGAAAUGUUGUUUGUAUUAUUACAGAUAUAAGUUAAAUGUGUGAGAAAACAUUACUAUUUUUAAAAUAUGUUCUUUCAUACAUUUCACGUACUCUAAAACUACUUACAGCCUGGACAGUAAAAACACAAUUUGCUGUAGAAAGGUAACAGCAGCAGAAUGUAUUUUUUAUUGCAUGAAUACUUCUAAUUGAAACAUGUGCAUGCAAAAACAUACAGAACCACUGUAAGAGAAAAUGCAUUACAGAACUUAUGCAGUAUGUUGUUUACAGACAGCUACAGUGGACAAGUCAACUAUGGCAGUACAAAAUAUCCAUGUUUUUUUUGUGGCCAGUGGGCCUACAUAAAGUAUACUUUAUUAUUUUUGACAAGCAGAAUGCUUUAGCACAGAUUAUCAAAGACAUGAAUCAGCAUGAAUGCAUUAUGCAGAGGAUUGUCUGCUGUCCAUGGGUAGAUCCCAAUUGCAUAUUCCUCGCCUUGUCUCCUUCUCAAAACCCAUUGGAUGAGAAAGCCAGAGGUCCCUUCCCUCUGACCUUUUUCUCCAAUUGGUUUUGAGAAGGAGCGAGGACACGAGGAGUAUACAAUUGAGUGCUUUGAUUGAGUGCUAUAAUAAGCUUCAUUCAUUUGGGGGGGGGGGGCUUUUGUAACUU